UUGAAAACUUGGGAUUGACUCGAAUGAAGUUUUCCUUUCCGCGAAGCAUCUUCCAUAACAAGUGCCUUAGAUGUCUUCAUAGAUCGAUAGUGGGCUUUGUGUUAGCAAAGUGACCACUGCCAACAGAAACGAUGAUUUGUAUGAGUGCAUGGGCAUGGUGACAUUGGUACAACAGCAGCAGUCCGACGAUAAUCAUCAAUAUCAGAACAAGGAGCAGGACCGCGCGAACGGUGCCGUUGUGCCCGUUGAAAGUCAUAGGGUCGAUAACUUUCGCGGCGAAGUUUCAGGAUCGGCGAAGGAAACCGUGGUAGUUGUUCCAGGCAAUGGUAGCGUUGGAGAUUCCUCUACGCAGUGCAGUGACGUAGAUGACGACGAUGAGGAAGAGGAGACGGAAAUUGAACACGGUUGGAUCACGAAUCUGCCGGUAUCCUCGACCAUCGUCGAGCAACAUCAAACGAUCGCCACCACGAACGGCGAUGUCGUCCUCCCGAAUGCCGAUCCGUCGAACUUCGGCGAUGUAUGCGUGAAGAACUCGACGAACGUGCAUCUGGGUAACAAGACCUUCUACAAAGGUCCGGUUACCAUAAAGCAAUUCGUUUACACGAAUCCCGCUGCAAUACAGGAAGCAAGCAAAUUCGAGGUCAGUGUUUCCGACGCCAACGUUUCAAACUUGUCGACGAAUAAGGAUGAUGGAGUCGCUGACAAACCUAUUUUUCUACAAAAUACCCAAUUAAAUAAAGUGACGCAAUGGCUAUGGACGUGGAAAUGUGCGUUUUUAUCGUGCGCUCUAGCCUUAAUAUUUCUAACUGCCAUAGUAAUUGCCAUUGUACAUUUCGCUCGUUAUACAGACGAACCGCUAACGCCAAUUUCCCCGGCAAGUCCAAACUCAUCGCUCGACGGUAUAAUAACUUCAUCAGUACGUUUUGUCCAGAGGAACGAAUGGGGGGCACAACCGCCUUCAGAACCUCUGGAAAAAUUGAAGCUACCAGUACCAUAUGUAAUUAUUAGUCACACCGUCACAGACUUUUGCGACACGCAAUCGCAAUGUACAUUCCAUGUGAGAUUUGCUCAGACUUUCCACAUCGAGUCUAGAAAAUGGUCGGAUAUCGCCUAUAACUUCCUCGUCGGUGGCGAUGGUCUCGCAUACGUUGGCAGAAAUUGGGAUUUCGUCGGUGCUCAUUCUUUCGGUUUCAAUAAAAAAAGCAUCGGCAUCUCUUUUAUCGGCACAUUCAAUACGGUCAAACCACCAAAAAUACAGUUACAUGCUGCGCAAAAAAUUAUAGAAAUCGGUGUCAAAAUUGGUAAAAUUGCGUCCGAUUAUAAACUAUUAGGUCACCGACAAGUUUCGAAAACUUUGAGUCCUGGAGAUGCUCUGUUUAGUGAAAUUCAGACAUGGCCGCAUUGGUCACCUGAGCCUUAACAUGGUAUUAUGAAAAUUUAUUUUGAAGAAAUGACGAAGAACCAUGAUUUCUGAAAAUAUUAAUUUUUUUUUUUUAAUUGUGGCUAUAUUGUCCAUUCAUUUUAGACAGUUUUAAGAAGUUUAUACAAUAAACUCUGAAAAAUGUGAAUUACAUUAUUAAAAAUCACUUUAUAAUUAAAAAUAUUGAAGAGAAAGAUUGACCUUUUUUUUUGAGAAUUCUCUGUGAUGUAAGUAAAUUUAAAUAUUAAAAAUAUAUAUGUAAAAAAAA